AUGGCUGAUCUAGCUGCACCUGUUCGUGUUUCUCCCCUUAUCAAGUUUGGAAGAUGGAGUUUCCUAGGACUUGGAGUUCUUUACGGAGCUUUUCAUCACAACAGGCUAUCCAAAAAAGAAGCCGCCUUCAGGGAAGUUGAUGGAAAAUUGAGAAAAGAGCGAGAUGCCAAAUUAGCAGCAGAAAAGAAAGUUGCAGCAGAGAAGGAAAUACAAGAACUAGAAGCAAUGGCAAAAUAG